AUGCGAUUCAUCCAUCGAGUAGGUCUCGUCAAUGAAUUCAUCGAAGUCAUCGAUGGUUUUGUAGACACACUGCCACUGUUUCGAAACAAGUUUCGUGGAGAAGAUUGCAGCUUAUUGUUAGUGGAGCUGGCCGCUCGAAACUUCACUAUACACUCAAAAAACGCGCACGAUACGUUGUUCGACGUCAUUAUGCUUCAGAACGUGACGUUUCACGACUUCACAGUGAACGAGCUGCUUGCUGCCAAUAAGAAAUACGUCGCAAUGUUGCAAUACGACGAAAAUUUGCAAUCUCUUGCACCGUUAAAUAUGCUUGUUUCCAACGAAAUAAAGAAGAGAAUGGCUAAUGCAGGCAUAAGCUACGUUCUUAUAAAGCAAGCGUAUAACCAAGGAAGCAAUGCGAUCAUCACACUAUUCGAGAAAAAGGAAAACGGAAAAAAAGAAGUAAUAAAAACCAAAAAAAUGCUGGACACGAUUAUGAAUCAUUUCAAAGAGCUGUCCGAUUAG